AUGGCGUCAGGCAGCGAAGAACCGCAGCCUACCGGCACGCCAGCUGCAGAAAGCGCUGCUGCAGGGACCAACACCGAGGCCCCUAAGAAGUAUCCCAAGGGCGUGGUGCUGGGCAAAGAUGGAAAACCUUGCCGGACUUGUAACGCCCUAGCCAGCUUCACAGCUCACAGCAGCUCCGCCCUCAAAGCCCGACAACCACGAAAAGACUGUCCCCCCGACGUCGAAGCCCUCGGCCGCAGCUCCUGGACCCUUCUCCACUCAAUCGCUGCGGCCUACCCGCCUACACCCACGCCACAGGAACAGUCCGAUAUUAAAGGCUUCCUCCGUCUCUUCUCCAAAUUGUACCCGUGCUGGGUAUGCGCCGAGGACUUCCAGCAAUACCUGCAGACGCGCGAGGUCAAGGCGGGCAGUCGCGCCGAGUUAGGGAACUGGAUGUGCGACGCGCACAACGAGGUGAACCGCAAGCUGGGGAAGCCGACGUUUGAUUAUAUCAGAGAGCAGGGCCUGGAAAAGCCCGUAGUUGUCGCCGAAUACCUCUUCAAGAGGUUACAUGAGGUUGGCAUCCGCUCCAUUCAUGGCGUUCCCGGAGACUUCAACCUGGUCGCGCUCGACUACAUCCCCAAGGCGGGACUCAAGUGGGUAGGCAGUGUGAACGAACUCAACGCAGCAUACGCUGCAGAUGGCUACGCCCGUACAGGGGGUAUUUCUGCCGUGGUUACCACCUUCGGCGUGGGCGAGCUGUCCGCUAUCAACGGCAUCGCCGGCGCCUUCUCGGAGCACGUUCCCGUGGUGCACAUUGUCGGCUGCCCGUCGACUAUCUCGCAGCGCAACGGUAUGCUGCUGCACCACACCCUCGGCAACGGUGACUUCAACGUCUUCGCCAACAUGAGCUCGCAGAUCUCCUGUGUCUCGGCCCGCCUCAAUAAGCCAGGGGAGAUCGCAGACCAGAUCGACUACGCCCUGCGCGAGUGCUGGAUUCGCAGCCGGCCAGUUUACCUCAUGCUGCCCACCGAUAUGGUGGAGAAGAAGAUCGAGGGGGCUCGGCUCGACACGCCCAUUGAUCUAACAGAACCCCCUAACGAGCCAGAACGGGAGGACUACGUAGUAGACGUAGUGCUCAGGUAUCUCCACGAGGCCAAAAGUCCCGUCAUAUUAGUCGACGCUUGUGCCGUUCGCCACCGGGUGGUCCAGGAAGUUCAGGGUCUAGUGGAGAAGACCCAGCUUCCCGUCUUCGUGACGCCCAUGGGUAAGGGAGCUAUCAAUGAAAGCCUCCCAACAUACGGCGGCGUCUAUGUGGGGACGGGUUCAAAGCCGGGCGUCGCUGAGCGAGUCGAAUCGGCCGAUCUAGUCAUCACCAUCGGCGCGAUGAAGAGCGACUUCAAUACCGCCGGCUUCUCAUACCGGACGUCCCAGCUCAAGACCAUUGACCUCCACUCGGACCACUGCACCGUGCGCUAUUCCGAAUAUCCCCGCGUAGCCAUGCGCGGUGUGCUGCAAAAAUUGGUUCAGCGUGUCGACGUCGGAAAGUUGAACCGUCCAUCUUCUCUAGAGGUGGUCAACGAGGUGGCCCAAAACCGCGACAGCUCCGAGAUCAUCACGCAGGCUUUCUUCUGGCCGCGCGUGGGCGAGUACCUGAAGGAGGACGACAUUGUCGUCACCGAGACGGGCACCUCCAAUUUCGGCAUCUGGGAGACCAAGUAUCCGCGCGGCGUAACCGGUGUCACGCAGAUUCUCUGGGGCAGCAUCGGUUGGUCAGUGGGUGCUACCCAAGGUGCCGCGCUCGCCGCGGAGGAUAUGGGCACCGACCGCCGGACCAUCUUGUUUGUGGGUGACGGUUCGUUCCAGCUCACGGCUCAAGAGGUGACCACUAUGAUGCGCCACAACCUUAGAAUCACCAUUUUCCUCAUCUACAACGAAGGCUUCACCAUCGAGCGGUACAUCCAUGGCAUGGAAGCCGAGUAUAAUGACAUCGUCCGCUGGAACUAUGUCGAUGUACCGACUGCGUUUGGCGGGACCGACAAGCUGGUCCGCAAGUUUGUCGUCAAGACCAAGGAUGAAUUGGAGAAGCUCUUGACCGAUAAAGAGUUCAACGAGGCUGGUGGGCUGCAGUUUACCGGAAAUGCGGGAAAAUGGAAGACCCCCCACCAGCAGACGAAGGCGCUGUCGCAGGAGUCCAGCCUCCAUCCAGGUGACACCGGGAUUUGGAUCACUUGUGCGCGGCACCAAGAGGCGAAGGCCGCCCGUGAAAUUGGGGUCCUCUUCUCUGAGUAUGCUGAGAAGAUGUACGGCAUCAAGUCCGUGCAUGAUGGGGCGUCAGGUCAGGAUGAAGGACCUGGCAAAACCGAGAAUAAGGGGAACGAUGAAGAUGAUGACGAGGACGACAUUGAAGCGGCCAUCGAGAAGGAAAUCGCUGCCCUCAAGCCCGAACCUAAGCCCACCAUUUCUCCAGGCGCGCCCACCGCCACCACCGCUGACACUAAGCAACUAACUCCUCUCAAAAUGAAUGUCGACUGCCUCCUCUUCGUGAAGACGGUGCCGCCCAUCAACCCCGUGGCGUUUGUCCGCCAGAUCUGUGAAGACGCAAGGCAAAGCGGAAAUCCGGGGGCGGGAGACGGAGAGUCCUUGGGGAGGAUGCGGUGCCGGUAUGUCAACCGGCUAACGCCCGUCUCGGUGAUGGGUAAGGCUUCGGAAAAUGGGUUGGUGGAGGUUGCGAGGGAGGUGUUGAAGGCGUGGUUUCGGCUGAAGGGGGAGGGUGAGAAUGGGCAAGAGGAGGAAACGGGUGUUGAGGCGGGGGAUAAGAAGGUUUUUACAUUUGCCAUCCGACCGACUAUUCGCAACCACAGCAAUUUAAAACGCGACUACGUAAUCCAAACGACCGCGAGCUUGAUCAACGAUGAUUACCACAAAGUCAACUUGACGACGCCAGACAAGGUGAUUCUGGUGGAUAUUUAUCAGGCGGUCUGCGGGAUGAGCGUCGUCGACGGUGACUGGGACGAGUUGAAACGUUACAACCUCACUGAGCUGUUUGCUCAGGGCCAAAAAGACCGGCUCACACGAGGUGCAAGUAAAAAGGAAGAAGAAGCAUGA